AUGUGUAAAAUCUCGCUGGUUGACAAGCCGUUUGGAUCGAAAAAUGAUCGCAUCUUCUGCGGCAACUGUUACGAUCAGGCGUUCGCGACCCGUUGCGAUGCCUGCGGAGAGAUCUUUCGCGCAGGAAUGAAAAAAAUGGAAUACAAAGGAAAGCAAUGGCACGAUAAGUGCUUUUGUUGUGCCUUAUGCAAAACUCCAAUCGGAACCAAGAGCUUCAUUCCGAAGAAUGAUGAAGUGUACUGCGGAACUUGCUACGAAGAGAAGUUUGCGACAAGGUGUACAAAGUGUAAGAAAGUGAUUUCAAGUGGCGGCGUGACGUACAAAAACGAACCCUGGCAUCGUGAGUGUUUCUGUUGCACUAACUGCGGCACCAGUCUAGCUGGACAGAGAUUCACAUCCAAGGACGACAAACCUUACUGCGCUGACUGUUUCGGCGAGCUGUUUGCC